GUGUUGGUGCAGUCAUGUGCAAGUGGUUUUAAAUCUGCCUUCUUAUGGAUCUGAUCUCUGCUUGUGAACGGGCGAUGACUCCUGUAGGUUUGGGUGCCAAAGUGGCAGACCUGGACUCCAUGUCCCCGAACACCACUGCGGUGGGAUCUCCGGGUUUCUCCAUGGCAACCAGAACCCUCAUCCUGGUUGUCUGUCUGCUCCUGUUUGCAUGUAGCCACAAAGACAAGAAAACUGUGCCAGGUCCUUCUUUCUGUCUGGGUUUGGGACCAUUUCUGUCAUUUGUGAGGUUCAUCUGGACUGGUAUAGGCACAGCCAGCAACUACUACAACAACAAGUACGGAGACAUUGUCAGAGUCUGGAUCAAUGGAGAGGAGACCCUCAUACUCAGCAGGGCAUCAGCGGUGCACCAUGUUCUGAAGAAUGGACAUUAUACUUCACGUUUUGGGAGCAGGCAGGGACUCAGCUGCAUGGGCAUGAAUGAGAGAGGCAUCAUAUUUAACAACAACGUACCUCUGUGGAAGAAGAUACGCACCUACUUCACCAAAGCGCUGACAGGUCCGGGCUUGCAGCCGACAGUUGAGGUUAGCGUCUCCUCCACACAGACUCACCUGGACAACCUGGAGAGUUUAGACCAUGUGGAUGUUCUCAGUUUGCUGCGCUGCACCGUGGUCGACAUCUCGAACAGACUCUUCCUGGGGGUACCUGUCAAUGAAAAAGAGCUGCUGCUGAAGAUUCAGAAGUAUUUUGACACAUGGCAAACUGUGCUGAUCAAACCAGACUUUUACUUCAAAUUUGACUGGAUUCACCAGAGGCACAAGAAAGCAGCCAAGGAGUUGCAAGAUGCAAUAGAAAGCCUUGUAGAACAGAAGAGGAGAGCUAUGGAGGAAGCAGAUAAGCUGGACAACAUCAACUUCACCGCAGAGCUCAUAUUUGCACAGAACCAUGGUGAACUGUCUGCGGAUAAUGUGAGACAGUGUGUGCUGGAGAUGGUGAUCGCAGCACCAGACACUCUGUCCAUCAGCCUCUUCUUCAUGCUGUUGCUCCUCAAACAGAAUCCAGAUGUGGAGCUGCAGCUGCUUAAAGAGAUAGACACCGUUGUAUGUGGGAAACAGCUUCAGAACGAGGACUGUCAGAAGUUGCAGGUGCUGGAAAGCUUCAUCAACGAAUGCUUGCGCUUCCACCCUGUGGUGGACUUCACCAUGCGUCGAGCCCUGUCCGAUGACAUCAUAGAUGGCUACAGGGUACCGAAGGGCACAAAUAUAAUUCUGAACGUCGGCCUCAUGCACCGGACAGAGGUUUUCCUCAAACCCAACGAGUUCAGUCUGGAAAAUUUUGAAAAAAACGCUCCUCGCCGUUACUUCCAGCCAUUUGGUUCGGGCCCUCGUGCCUGCGUUGGCAAGCACAUCGCCAUGUUAAUGAUGAAGUCCAUCCUAGUGACGUUGCUUUCCCAGUACUCGGUUUCCCCCCAUGAGGGCUUGACCCUGGACUGCCUCCCACAGACCAACAACCUCUCCCAGCAGCCUGUUGAGCAUCAGCAGGAGACCGAACACCUCAGUAUGAGAUUCUUACCCAGACAGAGAGGAAGCUGGCAAAAACUCUGA